GUGUUAUCUUCUUCGAGCGAACAACUAUUCUUCUUCAUCCUCCGUCUCUAAUGUCGCUCCAUCUCUGAGGGACCGUGUCCUCGGAGAGGAAGAAGCUUAGCUUGGAAUCAGGUUUCAGCUUUCUUCCUCUUCCUCCCCCUUUUGAACCAACUAGGUUCUCGUCUUUCCUUCUUGGAUAGUUUUCAGGAUGACCCCCGGUGGCAGCGACAUCUCCUUAGAAAAGAUUAAGAACGAGAAUGUUGAUCUUGAGCGAAUUCCAGUGGAGGAAGUCUUCCAGCAGUUGAAAAGCACGAGGAAAGGGUUGACAACUGCCCAAGGAGAAGAGAGGCUUCAAAUCUUUGGCCCCAACAAGCUCGAAGAGAAAAAGGAGUGCAAAUUGCUCAAGUUCUUGGGGUUCAUGUGGAAUCCUCUUUCAUGGGUCAUGGAGUGUGCUGCCAUCAUGGCCAUUGUUUUAGCCAAUGGAGGAGGCAAGCCUCCGGACUGGCAAGACUUUGUUGGCAUUAUUGUUUUGCUCAUUAUCAACUCCACCAUCAGUUUCAUUGAAGAGAACAACGCAGGCAAUGCUGCAGCAGCUCUCAUGGCUGGUCUUGCCCCUAAAACUAAGGUGUUGAGAGAUGGAAAAUGGAGGGAGCAAGAUGCAGCAAUUUUGGUGCCAGGAGACGUGAUUAGUGUCAAGUUGGGAGACAUCAUCCCAGCUGAUGCUCGUCUUUUGGAGGGUGAUCCACUUAAGAUUGACCAAUCUGCUCUUACAGGUGAAUCCCUCCCUGUCACCAAGAACUCCGGCGAUGAGGUCUUUUCUGGCUCCACCUGCAAACAGGGUGAGAUUGAGGCUGUUGUCAUUGCAACUGGUGUCCAUACCUUCUUUGGCAAGGCUGCUCACCUUGUGGACAGCACCAACAAUAUUGGGCACUUCCAAAAGGUUCUGACGGCCAUUGGUAACUUCUGUAUUUGCUCCAUUGCGGUAGGCAUGCUUAUUGAGGUUGUAGUGAUGUACCCAAUUCAGCACAGGAGAUACAGAGAUGGUAUUGAUAAUCUGUUGGUGCUUCUCAUUGGAGGAAUCCCAAUUGCCAUGCCUACAGUUUUGUCUGUGACAAUGGCUAUUGGAUCCCACCGCCUUUCACAGCAAGGUGCCAUCACAAAGAGAAUGACAGCCAUUGAGGAAAUGGCAGGGAUGGAUGUCCUCUGCAGUGACAAAACAGGGACUCUCACCCUUAACAAACUUACAGUCGACAAGGACCUCGCUGAGGUGUUUGUCGAAGGGGUUAACAAGGAUACUCUUAUUUUGCUGGCUGCCAGGGCAUCCAGGGUUGAAAACCAGGAUGCCAUUGAUGCUUCAAUUGUAGGGAUGUUGGGUGAUCCUAAAGAGGCAAGGGCUGGAAUCACUGAGAUACACUUCCUACCCUUUAACCCAGUAGAUAAGCGCACUGCAAUUACCUACAUUGAUAGCAAUGGCGAGUGGAAUCGUGUUAGUAAGGGUGCUCCAGAGCAAAUCAUUGAACUUUGUGGCCUAAACGGAGAUAUGCACAAAAAGGCCCAUAAAGUCAUUGAUGGUUUUGCUGAUCGUGGACUUCGCUCCCUAGCAGUUUCUCAACAGACAAUUCCGGAGAAAACAAAGGAGAGUGCUGGAGGACCAUGGGAAUUUGUGGGUAUCUUGCCUCUCUUUGAUCCCCCAAGGCAUGAUAGUGCAGAGACUAUACGUCGGGCCCUUGACCUUGGUGUCAAUGUUAAAAUGAUCACUGGUGAUCAGCUUGCCAUUGGAAAAGAGACAGGUAGAAGACUUGGCAUGGGCACUAACAUGUAUCCAUCUUCCUCCCUCCUUGGUGAGAGCAAGGACGAAACUCUUGCCUCCAUUCCUAUUGAUGAACUUAUAGAGAAGGCUGACGGAUUUGCUGGAGUCUUCCCUGAACACAAGUAUGAGAUUGUUAAGAGGCUCCAAGAUAGGAAACACAUUUGCGGCAUGACAGGGGAUGGUGUCAAUGAUGCUCCGGCUCUCAAGAAGGCAGAUAUUGGUAUUGCAGUUGCUGAUGCAACUGAUGCUGCAAGGAGUGCAUCAGAUAUUGUCUUGACAGAGCCAGGGUUGAGUGUGAUUGUGAGUGCGGUGUUAACAAGCAGAGCCAUUUUCCAGAGGAUGAAGAACUACACGAUUUAUGCUGUUUCUAUCACAAUCCGUAUUGUGUUGGGAUUCAUGCUCGUUGCUCUUAUCUGGGAGUUUGAUUUCUCACCAUUCAUGGUUCUAAUCAUUGCCAUCCUAAAUGAUGGAACCAUCAUGACCAUCUCCAAGGACAGGGUCAAGCCAUCUCCCGUGCCUGACUCAUGGAAGCUCAAGGAAAUCUUUGCCACUGGUGUAGUCCUUGGUGCCUACAUGGCUGUCAUUACUGUAGUCUUUUUCUGGCUUGUUCAUGACACUGAUUUCUUCACUGAGAAGUUUGGGGUGAAGCCAAUUCAUGAUAACCAGAAUGAACUUACCUCAGCACUCUACCUUCAAGUGAGUAUCAUCAGUCAGGCACUCAUCUUUGUCACAAGGUCAAGGAGUUGGUCUUAUGUUGAAUGUCCUGGUCUAUUGCUCCUUGGAGCCUUCAUUGCAGCUCAGUUGGUGGCUACUGUCAUUGCUGUGUAUGCAAACUGGGGCUUCGCCAGAAUCGAAGGCAUUGGAUGGGGAUGGGCUGCAGUUAUCUGGGCAUUCAGUGUCCUCACCUACAUCCCUCUAGAUGUCCUCAAAUUCAUCAUCCGCUAUGCCUUGAGUGGCAAGGCUUGGGAUAACCUUCUCCAGAACAAGACUGCCUUUACCACAAAGAAAGACUACGGCAAGGGAGAGAGAGAAGCGCAAUGGGCAUUGGCUCAACGCACCCUGCAUGGUCUUCAGACAUCACAAACCAUCUUCAGCAACAAUACUAGCUACCUCGAGUUAUCUGAGAUAGCCGAGCAGGCCAGGAAGCGUGCUGAGAUUGCAAGGCUAAGAGAGCUCCACACCUUGAAAGGGCAUGUUGAUUCAGUAGUGAAGCUAAAGGGUCUGGACCUUGACAACAUCCAACAACAUUAUACAGUGUAACGCCAUUGAAGAUGGAUUCAGGAAAUGUAAAUCCUUGGGCAACCAGAGUGGAGUACCUAGAGCAGGACUAACAGGGAAUUAUUUCUUCUACGGAGGAAAAAAAAAAGGAAAUUAUACAAUUGGUUGUGGAUAGUUUCAGUUUGAGAAGAGCAUGUGAAUUGAAAUGAAAACUAUAAUACAUAAGUACCUUAAUAUCUGCAUUUCUCCCUCUUUUUAGCAAGAUUAGUCUCAUCAUUUUUCGAAAUCAUACAGCAAUUAAGGACAAAAAGGUUG